AUGCCACCUCAAGGUUCAGAUCUGCCGGUCAAGAAGCAGAGCAAGUGGUCACCGGAGGAAGAUGCCCUCAUCAUUGAGCUACGGGGCAGCGGGAUGAAGUGGGAGGAUGUGUCGAAGCGUCUUCCUGGAAGAAGUGCCAUAAGUUGUCGGCUUCACUACCAGAACUACCUCGAAAGACGCAGCGAAUGGGACGAAGAGCGCAAGAAUAAACUUGCCCGACUUUAUGAGAGGUUUAAAUCAGAGAUGUGGGCUAAGGUGGCUGAAGAACUUGCUGUUCCCUGGAGGGCUGCAGAAGCAAUGCAUUGGCAACUUGGCGAGGCGGACAUGGCUCGAAGGGCCGGAGUGGUUCCAUUUUCUCUCGCGGCGGUCAAUGUCGAAGGCGGUCAUCGAGCUGCACCACCACGAGCUAACAUUCACUUCCAGCCUCCUGACACUGUCGGUCGACACCUCACUCCACCUUCUCCUCGAGCAAUGUACGCCCGAAAUCCUCCUGUCUCGGCAAUGUCCACUGGUCAUAUACCAAGAGGCGAAAAUGUUGGCGCGCCGGUCCCUCCGCCCCUCGCAGGGGCUGGGCCCGCGCAGGGAUCCAUGACGGAGCAACACGGCGAGUUUUAUUAUAGCCCAGGGCCUGUAUCUGUCGGUCCUGGUCUUGCUCCUAUCCAACACCAAGGGCAGCCACGGAAUCCUGGACCAUUGCCUAGUCUUGCUGAACUUACGACGGGUGUCAGCCCAUACGCGCAACAACUCGAUCGACCACGUUCAGGGCGUCUGACUCCAGGCCCAAAGCAUGGGAUGCCGAUGCAGACUCCCCCUAGCUAUCACCAACAACUUGAUGCCAGAGUGAAGCGCCGAGCGAGCCCAGAAACGAUGAAACGCGAGGGAAGCCACCGACGACGAUUGGGGUGA